GGGCACUCCUCUUGGCCCUUAUUUUGACCUAAACCUCAUAAACCCCCGUCAUCUCCGUCCCUUCUCCAUCUCUAGUGCUGACGUGUUUCAAAUUUAGAGAUUGAAUUGAAAGCUUUCGACAGUUGAGGGAAAACAGUAUGGCGAGCUCCCAGUUCCCAGACGAUUUCCGGUGCCCGAUUUCACUUGAGAUCAUGACAGACCCGGUUAUUCUCUCAUCGGGUCACACGUUUGACCGCCCCUCCAUUCAACGGUGGCUAGACGCCGGUCACCGGUCGUGCCCGAUCACCAAUUUACCCAUUUCCGACCCUCCCUCCCUCAUACCCAAUCACGCUCUCCGCAGCCUCAUUUCUAAGUUUACCCAUGUCUCCUUGCCCGUACCGGAGACCAUUCCCGAUCCGCAGGCCCUAAUCCAGAUCCUGAUAUCCAAAUCCACUCCGUUGGGAUCCAAGCUCAGCUCGAUCGACCAGUUGACCAAGCUCUGCAAGCGUGACUCGGCGAUUCGCCGCCGGCUGACCGAGUCCGGCGUGGUCUCUGCUGUAUUGAACUGCGUGGAUGCAGACGGAGACUCCGGACUGCAGGAGAGGGCCCUCCACUUGCUUCUCAACCUGAGCCUGGACGAUGACUGUAAAGUCGGAUUGGUCGCGGAAGGCGUGGUCGGGAAAGUCGUCGCGGCACUCCGCGGCGGUUCAGGUGACUCCCGGGCGGUCGCGGCUACCGUUUUGACGAGCCUGACGGUUGUGGAGGUCAACAAGGCGACGAUCGGAGCAUACCCUGAUGCAAUUGAAAGCCUCGUUUGGCUUCUAUGGUACGGAAGUUCGAGGGAGAAGAAAGAGGCGGCAACUGCUCUAUACUCACUCUGUUCAUUCCCAGAUAAUCGUCUCCGGUCAGUUGAAAGUCAGGCCGUCCCUAUUCUCAUACAGAAUUCCAGCUCGGGCCUUGAACGGGCCGUUGAGGUCUUAGGGUUAUUAGCAAAAUGCAAAGAGGGCAGACAAGAAAUAAUGAAAUAUGGGUGUUUCUUAGAUACAUUGUUGGAUUUCGUAAGAAAUGGAUCAUCCAGAGGCGUCCAAUACGCCCUUUUGACUAUGACAAUGUUAUGCACUUUCAGUGAACGUAUGUGCACAGAGGCCAUUAGAAAGGGGGCUUUUGAGGCAUGUUUUGAACUGUUGGAGGAUGAGAAUGAGAAGGUGAGAAAGAAUGCCAAUACUCUGAUUCAGGUUUUGCAAGGGAAAAUGGGAAUGUUUAGUAGAAAUGGAAGGUAUUGACAGUGCCAUUUCACGAUGAUCCCUGAUAGAGGAGGUAAGCUCGUUUUUUUGCCCCUUUUGUACAAAAAGAUGGGAAUUUGGGGGAGAAAUCUUGUUCUUCUGUUGUAUACUAUGUAUUUAUUUACCAAUAAAAGUUUAUAUGUGAAGGCCUACUGCUUUCCCUGUCUAUCUGCUGUGUUUAGUGAAGAUUCAAUUCAAAGUCAAUCCUCCAUUAGUCUUUUUCAAUUCCACUGAUGUCAGUGUUCAUAAUGGUUAGACUUCCUACGUUUGAGGAAUUGAAGUGAGAAGGAAGGAAGUUACACUGUACACUGUAGAGUGGAAAAAACAAGAAGAUGAUGAAGCAUGGUAAGGGAUUCAGUGAUUUAGGGCCUGUUGCAUAAAUGUUAGUUGUUGUUUGGCGAAAAUGGACGAAACUGUUAAAUAGUUUGAAAUUAAAAUCGUUCUUUAACAUCCAUUCUAGUUCUAGCCUAACAGGAAUGUCUAAAUUUAACGUCUACUAUCACGUUGAUAAGCAAAAGAAGCGAAUUUGUAUGGUUAACCUUAAUGCUCAUUUCAUUUACUCUACAAAAGAUGCAGUCUUUACUCGCUCAAGCGGCUCAACUUAGUCAUUAUUCCUUGUAACUGGACAUGUUGGGCGUUAAUGUUGUCUUUCUCACUUUCAUUGUAAUUUGCAAUUUAUGGAGAACACUGCUUGUUUUGGCUAUUGGCAAACAAAUAGCGUAUAGGCCAAAGUGUUUCUUGUUUUCAUUCUAUUAUUCCUUAUUAUUGU